AUGAAUAUUAUUACACCCGAUCCUGAUGAUGCUAAUGAGAAGGGAAGUAUUCAGAUGGACAUUAACAUGAAAAAAGAAAAACAACUGAUACCUGCAUUAAUCAAAAAAUAUAAAGAUGUUAAGUGA